CACGCUUCAGUCGGCGAUCGUGCCGUCUGUAUAUCCGCGCGUGUCCCUCGACGCAUCCGUCAGAAUCUUUCGUACCGCGACUUCGAUACGAGACUUCGAUCGAGAGAUUAUCUCAAAUCGCAUGAAGAAAAAAUUCAAACGCGAAAAAACGACCGCGCUUUCUCCGCAACUUCCUUUUUUUUCGCAGUUUAAAUAUAAUCGUGAGUAAUAAUUGAGGAUUAAUUGCGCGAGAUAAUUCGGAAACGCGUCAGGAUGCGAGUCCUGACCGUGCUAAUCCUUGGGCUGCUUUCUAUAUGCUACGUUAACGGCAGUGUCAUACCCGACGAAGCUCUGAGUGCGAGCUUGCGGGAAGCACGGUAUGACGACGAGUUUGUUAUCGCGCUGUCCAACAUCAAAGGCAAGAGAAAAUCCACUAGCGGUUCGAUCGAAACUCUGCUAGCCGUGAGACAAGAAAACUCGAGAAGCAAGAUAAGAUUCAUACUCGAUCGACGAGCAAAGCGCGUUAUAUUCGAGGGUCUGGACGAGAACGGCCAACGCUACGACGGGCACGUAAACGUGAACAGUCUAUCGGAGAACACGCCUGUGAAGAGUUUAAUCGUUCUAGUGCAUCAGGAACAAUCCAAUCCUCACGUAGACGUAUACGUCGAUUGCACUUACGAGGGCUCUGUAUCGCUCCACAGAUUUUUCCGCGACGUAUUUCGAGACGAAUCCAGUGCGACACUGGAAGUGCUUAGAGAACGAAGAUGCCAGGCGAAUGUAUAUCGAACCGCGACGAUCAGCGAGGCUUUAAAGAAGGAGAAAUGUCCCGACGAUCUAAACAAAAUGAAACGGCAAUCUCACGACGAAAGUGAUGAAUCCAACGAAAACACGUCGAAUCACGAUGACAACUUGACUCUGUUUAGUGAAGAGAACACAAAACAUUCUCAUCAUUUAAAGAACAAAAGACGCACAGACGAACACCAAAGUCGUCCAAACAAUCGCGAUAUAAAUAACCUGCGUCGUACGGAACGUCGUAGCCCAUCUGAUGAAUACAGUCCGUACAAAUACAUUUCUGAUCCGCUCGCUCGGUCUGAACAAUCGGACAAUUCAGAUAACUUUGAUUAUUCGGACGAACCUCGUACGUCGCCGACGCACACGACGAUCAAUCUGCCGCUUUCGGAAUCCGCUUCAGAACAUCGUCCCAGAAAACCCGAUUCAUCUGGUCGACCUAAUUAUCGAUCAGGUUCUAAGCCUGACAGAUCGGAUCCAUACGGUACCGAUAAUGUAUCCGACGACGAUCUUUUCUUCGCGCCGGAACACUCCAGAUCUUUAUCAGGAAGAACUUCCAACGAACCUGGCAUCUCUUCUCGCGGCCGUCCGGAUCGAUACGACUAUCCUAAUCAGACCGAUAUGUCGCGGUCUGGCAAAAGAGUGCCCAGAAGAGGCGAUAUUGGAAUACAGAGUUUAGACGAAAAAGUUUGUCUGACUGACAGUCAAAUCGUGAAAACUCUGAACGAAUUGAUCAACGUCACCAAGAGAUUUUGGCAGGAACUGGAACAGAAUAGGCUGGAAACCCAACAUCUUCGUCAUUUGAUCGAAAACUGCGCGGCAUGUCGUGUGCGACCACCGCCGCCAUCCACGUGCGACUAUAAGUCCCCGUGUUACCCCGGUGCCGAUUGCCGCAACACACCGAGCGGACCCAAGUGCGGUCCAUGUCCCCGCGGCUACACCGGCGACGGACGGACCUGCGUCAAGAUCCUCAUCAGAUGCAUCGAUCGGCCCUGUUUCCAGAACGUGCACUGCUACGAUUUGACCGACGGUUACAGAUGUGGCAGAUGUCCAAGCGGAUACAUCGGCGAUGGCAAAAGAUGCGAAAGACGCAGAAACCCUUGCGACGCUCAUCCCUGUCACCCCCAAGUUCAAUGCUAUCCAAGCGAUAGUCCGCCAUAUUUCAAGUGUGGUCCGUGUCCGUUGGGAUUUGUUGGCAACGGUACGGUUUGCCUCGACGCAAACGAAUGCGAGUUAGCUCGACCCUGUCACCCCGGAGUGCGAUGCGUCAAUUUACAACCCGGAUAUAGAUGCGAUCCGUGUCCACCCGGUUACACUGGACCGACAACGGAGGGUGUCGGUGUUGAGAUGGCGAGAGCGCGAAAACAGAUCUGUCGGGACAUAAACGAGUGCGAGAUAAACAACGGCGGAUGUCAUCGUCAUUCUCACUGCAUUAACACGGAGGGAUCCUACAGAUGCGGCCCGUGUAAAGACAAUUACGUUGGCAAUCAUACAGUUGGAUGCUAUUAUCGACCGGAUGUCUGUCCCGAUUUGACAACAGUCUGUGAUGUCAAUGCUGAUUGCAUCUCCGCGUAUUACAAUCAGUUUGGGUGCAAGUGUCGCACCGGUUGGGCCGGAAAUGGAUUCGUCUGUGGUUUCGAUAGCGACAAUGACGGUAUUCCCGACAAAAGUCUGCAAUGCAGUCAUCAUCGCUGUCGUGCUGACAAUUGUCUUACAGUGCCAAAUACGGGACAGGAGGACGCCGAUAACGACGGAGUCGGUGAUGCAUGCGACAACGACGCCGACAACGACGGCGUGUUAAAUCAGGAUGACAAUUGUAUGCUCAAUUACAAUCCGGAUCAAUUAGACAGCGACAAUGACAAGAUCGGUGACGUGUGCGACAAUUGUCCGCGAUUCCCGAAUCCGAAACAAGAGGACACCGAUAACGAUGGCAGAGGCGACGCUUGCGCUGACGACAUUGAUGCCGACGGUAUUCCGAACGAUCAGGAUAACUGUCUGAAGGUGAAAAAUCCUGAUCAGCGCGACACCGACUACGAUGGUAUUGGCGACGCUUGCGACAAUUGUCCGAGCAUAAGUAAUCCCGACCAGUCGGAUCGCGAUGCCGAUCAUGUCGGAGAUGUCUGCGACAACAACUAUGAUCGCGACAGAGAUGGCAUUCAGGACAACAGAGACAAUUGUCCAGAUAUAGCAAAUCCUGGACAAAACGACAUUGAUCGAGAUGGAAUCGGUGAUGCGUGCGAUGAUGACAAAGACGGCGAUGAUAUACCCAACAGAAUUGAUAAUUGUCCUCUCGUGUACAAUCCGGAUCAGCGUAUUUCCAAUCACGACGGAAUCGGCGACGCAUGCUGGAAUGACUACGACAACGACACUUACAAUAAUACGAUCGACAAUUGUCCCAACAACAGUCGAAUAUGGAAUACAAACUUUAACAAUUACGAGACGAUUGCUCUCGAUCCAUACGGAGAGGCACAGCUAGAUCCGGUGUGGAAACUUCAUAACCAAGGCGCUGAGAUGCAGCAGCUUCUUAACAGUGAUCCUGGAAUCGCGGUCGGUCCGCACGAGUUUAAGAGCGUCAAUUUCGAAGGAACCUUCUACAUCGAUAAUCAGGACGACGACGACGAUUUCGUGGGUUUUAUUUUUUCUUAUCAGGACAAUCGACACUUUUACGUUGUUAGUUGGAAGAGGGCCUUCCAGACCUAUUGGGAACCGGCACCUUUCCGCGCUGAAGCCGAUCCUGGAAUUUAUCUGAAGCUCGUCGAGUCCGAGACUGGACCGGGUGAGAUGCUCAGGAACAGUCUCUGGCACAGAGACAGUGUGCCGCAGCAGACAAAGGUUCUGUGGAAAGAUCCGCGGAUGUUCGGAUGGGAGCCGAGAGUGUCGUACAGAUGGGUUUUGAUACACAGACCGAAGAUCGGUCUGAUUAGAUUCUGGUUGUAUCAGGGCACGCAGCUUGUCACCGACUCGGGUAACAUCUUCGACUCGACUCUACAAGGCGGCAGACUCGGCGUCUAUUGCUUCUCGCAGGAAAUGAUCACCUGGUCUGAUUUACUUUACAGUUGCAGAGAAACUGUGUCCACGUCCAUAUGGGAGAGCCUAUCUGAUCAUGUAAAACCUCUAAUCGAAAAGGAGCCACAUAUAAUAGACGAAGCUACACGUUUUCGCGAUAUUGAAUGAUGUAUUAAUGACUACUAAAACAAACAUUUUUGAAGAAGUAAUUAUAAUAUAUAUCAUAAUGGCGAGUAAAUUUACGACAAAAAUGCGUUUUUAAAAUAAAAAGUUUAAAAAGCUCUGCCCACUUUAAAUUUUAAAAUUAUUACAUAGUGACACACCUACAAUUACUAUAAUUAAUCGAAGAAAUAACAUACUUUCAAUGCGUCUACAAACACUUACUUUUUAAAUUCGAAAUUUUAUUAAGAAUAUUAAUUAUA